CUUCCUGGAAGGGAAGGAUCAAAGGUCCCUCGCUUGGCUGUUGCCUUCAAGCUGCUCCGCCGGCCUCCGCUGGGGACGACCCCGCUGCGCAAUGACUGUGGGGCGCACUCUAAAACCCGAGCGCCCCCGGAGGCGGGGGCCUGCGGAGGACGAGAUCGCUAUCCUCGACGGGGAAGGGGGGGAGGAGGAGGAGGAGAAGCAGCAGCGAGCCCGGGGCAGCUGUCCCGACGAAGAAGCUGGCUGCCCCUCCAAGAAAGUUGCUUUCGCCUUCCUCCCGGACAAGUACCAGCCUCUAGGCUGGGGCGCAGAAGAGGCGCUGGGCGCCGAGAGCAAAAGCAAAAAGCGCCGGAGGAAACUCAAGAAAUACGGCAAGAAUGUGGGCAAAGCACUGAGAAAAGGAUGCCAUUUCCUGAUACUUGGCCUGCAGGGACUGGCUAACAGCUACUCAUCACCGUUUGGAGUGGCUGCUUCAGUAGCAGCCACAGUUCACUAGACACGCAGCCUGCUGCUUUUGGGAAAAAGGAAGAAAGGAGCCAUCCUUGAAGCACAUGGCAAGACCUCCUUUGCUUGCAAACUUUGUCUUUGGAAGUGACUCUGAGCUUGGCAGUAAAAAUGAAGAAAUGGGUUGGAUUGAACAUUUGGGAAGGCUUUGCUCUCUUUAUUUUCAUAAGCGCUGGCAUGAAAAUCCGAUCAAAAGAAUAAGUUUGGUGAAAGAUGCAACACUUUGAUUCCCGGUGUCAUAUCUAGUACAUGAUGUACUUUUUUCUGCAGCAUUUUCUUAACUUUUUCAUAACUGCUAGGUUAAAGAAGAAGGACUGAGGUGAAAGGUAUAAAAUCUGGGCCAGAUUGAAAAAUCUAGUAUUUUGUAUGGACAUAAAUGCAAAUGUAUGCACAGAAGCCGAAGAAGGAACCAAGUAAGAGAGGAAGGAGGGGACAGUGGAGACCAAGAGGCAGGUAAAGGCAAGAAGUGCAAGAAGUGAAAGAGGGAACUUAUCACUAGGGGUGGGUGAAAAAUUUGCUCUGCUGAUGGUGCAAUCCUAUGCCUGGUUAGAAAAAAUUCCUACAAGAACGGCAUGCAUACCGAAUGUGCAACUCCUGAGUCUUUCAGUGAGUCAGUGACGGAGUUGCUUUCUGAAUUCACAUUUUUUGUGAGCUUCCCAGUGCAGCUUGCCUGAGGAGACAGGCAUACAAAAAUUGUGCAUAUUUGGGAAAGUGCACCCAUGAGGCAUAGAUCUGAGCAAAGCGCGUGUAGAACAGCAUUUUGGUAAUGCAAAGUACUUGGGGCAGGUGAAUGCUAAGUUUAAAAACAUGCACAUUAAAGUCUACGUUCUUAAUGUGUGCAAAAAGGUAUGAAUUUCCAUAUGGGUUAAAGAAUGUAAACUUUUGUGAAAAGGAGAUAGAAUGAGCUUGAGCUUGAUCAGACUGAGAGUGAUCGGUCCAUGCAUCCCAGGUGUUACCUUUUCCUGGCAAAACUGCUGUCCUUUUAAAUGCUGCAUGAUGCUCUGGAGGCCCUUUGCAGCCUUGCAUCUCCCUCCUGGGGAAAGUUGCCUGGGCAGGAUGCCCAUGUGCCCCAGCACAAGCUUUCCUGCCAUGCGAAGAAGGGGAGCACCACACCACUGGGCUGUGACUCCAUCUUCUCUUUCCCACUCAUCAUGUGGCAUCAUACCCAGGCAGUUAAAGAUACACAUUUUAUCUAAUGGCUUGAUAGGGGUGCCCAUGUCCGGUGAUGUUAAAAGUUCUGGUAUUUUAAGAGGUCUAUUCCAUAUGAAUUACUGUUUUAGCUGCUAAAUUGUUUUUAAAUUCUAUAUUAUGGAAAAUGUUCCAACUUUUUUCAUUGUACUAUUCUUUGGUUUAUGGAACUAUAUUAAACCACUCGGGGGGCUUUGGUUAUUGGAUGGUAUCGAAGUUAAAUAAAUAAGCAAUCAAAAUACCAGCCAUGCCUUCCUUUUAUUCCGUUGUGUUGCCUGUGUCCUUUCCCAUGCCGCACCCCCACCUUUCCUUCCUGCAGCCACAUCAUGCCACCCACACCUGUCCUUCCUGCAUCAUGUCUCCUUUCUCUUCAUUGCGUUGCACCGUGCUGCCUUUCCCCUUAAAUUUUCCAGUGGGCCAGAGAACUGGAGAAGCAGCUGCUACGGCCCUUCCAAGAUCCUGCCGGGUCAAAAUGACUGCCUCUGAGGGUUGGCAGGCAUCCUCACAUCAGACAUGGAAGGGGCGCCUCAGGAGAUUGCUGACACAGCAGCCUGGCCACCUCCUCUCCUCUCCUCUCCUCUCCUCUCCUCUCCUCUCCUCUCCUCUCCUCUCCCCCAAGUGGCGUUGCUCUUGCAGCCUCAGAAGAGCAGCCAGCACUGCUGUUUCUGCACUGGCUGCAAGGUGGUGAGAGGGAGCACCUGAGUACACAUCUCCAGUUACAAGGUCUGCAUGAUUCUCUGAUCUUGUACCUGGGAAUCUCAGGAAUCAUCAUCAGCUGCAGCUGCAGCUGGAGUCGCUACUGCAUGCUGCCUCCACUGCCAUCACCCUUCCUUCUCCCCCUCCCCUUCCUUUGGGUACUACCCCACAGCCAUGCCGAGGCUGUUUAGAGAGUGUAGCACAAUCCUGUGCUGUAAAUUGCUCAAAGUAUUAAUCAACCGUGAUUCCUGUUCUGUAUUUCUUGGUUCAGAUCUGUAUCCCACUUGAUUUUAAAGGAAAACUCAUGCUCAAAAAAUAAGCUAAAAGUUUACUAAGAAGAUUUUAGGUUGACAAAUCUGCAUUCUGUAUUUCAGUUGUGUUCCUUGAACGUAUAUAUAUUUAGUCAUUAGUUGCAUCCUAAUACGAGGAAUGAAAAGUAUUGAUUAAUAAGAAGGGCUAAAAUUGUCUAUUUGAUGAAUGAGUUCUUCAUAAGAAAUUAUAUUAUUAUCUACCAAUAAACUUAAUGUGAAACAGUU